UUGGAAUAGCCGUUUUUGUAUUGUGAUCUAUCUAAAAGUGCUUGUAUAAUUCUGCAAUUGUUUUACUAUUACGGAUUUAUUUAAAAAUGAUGCAAUUUAUGUUAUUAUUCAGCCGUCAAGGAAAAUUACGUUUACAAAAAUGGUAUGUGGCUCAUCCUGAUAAGUUGAAAAAAAAAAUUACGCGAGAACUAAUUACUACAAUAUUGGCACGAAAGCCAAAAAUGUCAAGUUUUUUAGAAUGGAAAGAUGUUAAAGUUGUCUAUAAAAGAUAUGCCAGCUUAUAUUUCUGUUGUGCAAUAGAACAAAAUGAUAAUGAAUUAUUAACAUUAGAAAUCAUACAUCGUUAUGUUGAAUUAUUAGAUAAAUAUUUUGGAAGUGUUUGUGAACUAGAUAUAAUUUUCAAUUUUGAAAAAGCAUAUUUCAUCUUAGAUGAAUUAUUGGUUGGUGGUGAAAUUCAAGAGACUAGCAAAAAAAAUGUUCUAAAAGCCAUUGCAGCUCAGGAUUUACUACAGGAGGAUGAAGCUGUGGAAGGUGCUCUGCGGGAGAUAGGGCUUUUGUAGGUGCUGCAUUCUUGCAUGCCCUCUAUGGCCAAUCCGACAGCCCACAUGAAUCAAGAUCCGGAGCAGGCUCACUCGCUGCAUGAUGCCAUCAUACAUCUCUACUUUUUCUAUAGUUAUUGAGCAUACAUUUUUUACAUACCAUUGAUAACACUUACAAAUCUAAUAUUUGAACAUUAGUAUAUUUUUUAUAGGCGAGUACUAUAAUACUAAUAAAUUUAACAAUAAUGUUCAUGUAGCUUAUUAUGUAUAUU